AUGACCAUUGAAGAGCUGCAGGGUACAGUCAAUAAUAUAAAUAGUUUAAUCAAGUCCCAAGAAAACGGUGGUACUUUGAUAUGUACAGGUCUUCUCUCUGUAGUCUUCUUUAUCAGCCUUGCUAUCACAACGGCCUUCACCGAUAGAUCUGGGCCUUGGUGGAAAAUAUUCCUAGGCCUAUUCACCAUAACGUUCAUCAUCGCGAUAAUCCUAAAGGCCAACUGGUACUCUAAAAGAACCAAAUUGAUCGAGGAGGGUAUCAUGGAGGCCAACAAGCAGUAUGCCGCCCGUCACAUCACUUUCUCCAAGUACAUCAAGGUCUCACACCAUAAGAACAAGCGCGAUAGAAUACAUAUUAAAGUCGAGUUCCCAGUGCCAGUCGUCGGCGUCGCCCCCGUCUUUGCCCCCAUCGUCCAGACCGUGAUCAUUCCACAGAAUGGAAUAGAAAUGGACAGAUUCCUACCACAGCAUGCUUACAUGGUGCCUCAACCAAUGAUGAACUUCCUGCCGCAGGCUGGACCAGGGCAAUAUGAACAACUUCCACAACAACUGCCGCCACAACAACUGCCACAACAAGAGCAACCACAGUACCAGAUACAACUAACAAUCGAUCCCAACAACAAUGACGUUGGUAGUGAAGAGAAGAUUAGUCUUCUCAAGUAA